AUGAGCACGAGCGGUGUUCUGAAGCUCGUCCUCGUAGCCGCUGCCAUCAUCUGGUACAUCAUCCUAUGGGGUUUAGGUCUAUUAGGUUGUUGGUCUGCCCGCAAGCGGUACAGGCUUCGGCCUCGAUCACCUCUCGCAUCUGCCCCAUCUUCCUCUGUCCCAGGUGUAUCCAUUUUACGACCUUUAAAAGGUCUUGAUACCAAUCUAUAUGAGAAUCUCGAGUCUACAUUCACCCAAGAAUAUCCCAACUACGAACUCUUCCUUUGCAUAGAGGACGAACAUGACCAGGCCCUCUCGGUGGUCAGGGACCUGAUCGCAAAAUAUCCCAGCGUCAACGCCCAUUUGGUUAUAGGCGCGGAAGCCGUCGGGGUGAACCCGAAAGUGAACAACCUGAUGCCUUCCUACCACCAAGCCGCGCACGACAUCCUCUGGGUGAUCGACUCCAACGUCAUGGUCGCGCCCGGCACCCUCGCCCGCUCCGUAGAUGCGCUCGACAGCGUACCCGCACAUUCCACCCGCCGCCGCAUCGGCCUCGUGCACCAUGUCCCCUUCGCAUGGGCGACCGAGUACGGCGUUGGCUCACGCAUCGAGGAGGCGUUCCUGAACACCAACCACGCCAAGAUGUACAUCGCCAUCAACACCGUCGCCAUCGACUCCUGCGUCGUCGGCAAGUCUAACCUCUACCGCCGCUCCGACCUCGAGCGCGUCGACGGCACGCUCAAGCCGGCGUCGACCCGGUCAGGCGUCAAGGGCUUUCCCGCAUUCGGCCGCUUUCUCGCAGAGGACAACAUGAUCGCGAGCGCGCUCUGGCACGAGCUCGGGCUGCGCCACGAGCUCUCAUGCGACGUCGCGCAGAACGCGGUCGGCCGCAUGAGCCUUGCGGACUACGUCUGGCGGCGCGUGCGCUGGGUCCGCGUGCGCAAGCGCAUGGUCCUUGCCGCGACGCUCCUCGAACCACUCACCGAAUCCGUGCUCCUCGGCGUCAUCGUCGCGCUCGCACUGCGGUAUCUGUUGGGGGUCUCACCGUUCUUGUUCUUUCCCUUGCAUAUUGGUCUCUGGCUUGCCGUAGACUUUGAUGUAUAUGCCUCGCUGGCGGAGCAUCCUGUACCCGCUUCGUCGCGUUGGAUUUUUGUUGGGUCGUGGGCCACGCGCGAGCUGCUCGCGCUUCCCAUAUGGUUGCUUGCGAUAUUCGGAGACCAGGUGGAAUGGCGAGGGAAGAAAUACGAGAUCAUGAACAAUGGAGAGGUACGGCGGGUAACCAGGGGCAGCAGUGGUGGGAUGUGGAGUUGGUUGAGAUGGGGCUCGAGGAAGGAAGCUGAUGACCAUUACGAGCCGUUGGCCGCAGCGGCAGAGGAUUGA